CAGUGUGGAAACGACAUUAGUACUUCUAUAGAGUACUUCCCUCUUAAAUUGGCCCAGUUGGUUUCACCGUGACGUGUUACAGAGGAGUCCGUCAAACUGAGUAGUUUGUCAAAAUGAACUUUUUUCUUAUUGUUUAUGAUGAAACGAAGUGAAUUCUAGGGUAGAAACAGUCCUACAGCUCGUGUCGGCUCGCUUUCAGUAGCAAUAAUGCCUGUGUUGGUUGGAGGAAGAGAUGGAGCGGCUAACAGGAAUCUGCCCUUUCUGUUCGCCGCCGUGUUGUUGCUGUCGGUCGGAGUUGCAGCUAUUCAGGAGGAGCAGAAAGCGAUGCAGGAUCAGCCCCAACAGGAGAAAGCCUCAAGUCCCCAUCCAGCAGGGCCGAUCGUCACUGAGAAUGGCCCCAGUAAAGAAAACCUGGGUUUCAUCCAUGCCUUUGUGGCCUCCUUUUCUGUCAUCAUCGUCUCAGAGUUGGGGGAUAAGACCUUUUUCAUUGCAGCCAUCAUGGCCAUGCGUUAUAAUCGCCUCACCGUGCUGACAGGGGCCAUACUGGCCCUCUGGGUCAUGACUUGCCUUUCAGUAUUGUUUGGGUAUGCUACUACAAUCAUCCCUCGAAUCUACACAUACUAUGUGUCGACCGCUUUGUUUGCCAUUUUUGGGGUGCGCAUGUUGAGGGAGGGACUGAAAAUGAGUCCAGAUGAAGGGCAGGAAGAGCUUGAGGAGGUGCAAGCAGAGAUCAAGAAGAAAGAUGAGGAACUUCAGCGCUCAAAGCUGGCUAAUGGAACUCCAGACGUGGAGGCGGGAACAGGAAGCACCGUCCCUCAGUCUAAAUGGCCCAAACUAAUUUCCCCCAUCUUCAUCCAAGCCUUCACGCUUACCUUCCUGGCAGAGUGGGGGGAUCGUUCACAGCUCACCACCAUUAUUCUAGCUGCCAGAGAGGAUCCAUUUGGAGUCGCAGUAGGAGGCACAAUUGGGCAUUGCUUGUGUACAGGACUGGCCGUAAUUGGAGGAAGAAUGAUCGCUCAGAAAAUAUCUGUGCGGACGGUUACGAUCAUCGGAGGGAUUGUAUUUCUGGCCUUUGCCUUAUCUGCCCUGUUUAUCAAGCCAGAAGCUGGAUUUUAAUUGUUGGAGGG